UUUACAGACGCCAUAUUGACCAAAAAAAGCCGAGGAUGGGCUAAAGCAUUGUUCUUGUCCGAUUUAGAUAUAGCAACAACAAUGAAUCAGUAUCCUGGUGGUUUUGUACCAAUGAUGAUGCCAUCUGUACAGUCUGUUCAGCAGCCCUACAUGGUGGUACGCUUGCCACACGGGAUGCCACAUCCAGCUGUGGCCAGAGGAGGAACUGCUCAACCCAGCGCAGCCUUUCUUCCUGGGGUACAGAUGCCACUCUCUGCUACAGGUGCCACAACUGCUGCCAGAUUUGGUACACAAGGAGGUAUUUUAACAUCUCCAGCUGUUACAUCAUUUCAAGGUGCCAUUCAAGGUAUGCAAGGUGUGGCUGGCCUUCAGGGUGUGCCAGGAAUACAGGCAUUAUCAGGUGUUCAAGGUGUAGCAGGUGUUCAGGGGGCUCCUACACCCCCAAUGCUUCCAGUGACCUCAGCAGCAUUAGAUAUGCAGACACUUAGCCAGAAGGCCAUGUAUGGUGCACCAAUAGGUCUCAGUGAACAGCUUCUCUUAGCUCAACAACAGCAACAAACUCAGCAGCAGCAACUUAUUGGUCAACAAGAUGUAAAAGAGGCUGCUGGAUCUUAUGAUGUUAAUGUUAAAAUGGAGCUUGAUGAUUAUAACUCAGAUCUCAACCUUGUUAUAGAUGAAGAUGGGUUUGGUGCUCAACCCAUGGUGAAUCCCUCAGGUUUCAAUUUCUGUUGGGCUGGAGCUAGGGCAACCUAUGGUGUUACCAGAGGAAAGGUAUACUAUGAAAUACAAGUGACAGAAAACCUUCCUACAGACUUUGGAGAUGACCACCAAGAAACAAACCCUCAUGUACUUCGUAUAGGAUGGUCUAUAGACCGAUCAUCUUUUCAAUUAGGAGAGGAGCCAUAUUCUUAUGGUUAUGGAGGAACUGGAAAAUUCUCUGUGAAUUGUAAAUUCCAAAAUUAUGGGGAGCAGUUCAGCCAAGGAGAUAUCAUAGGCACAUUGUUAGAUCUGGACUCUCGACCUCCCACAAUUUCCUACACCAAAAAUGGACAAUGGCUCGGCAUCGCAGCAUCUCUGCAUAAUUUCAAAGCAGGAGAAAAAGAUUUUGCCUUAUUUCCACACAUUCUUUCUAAAAAUUGCAGGUUCAGAAUAAAUUUUGGUCAAGAAGGUCCUUGGUAUCCGCCUCCCCCAGGAUAUAACUACAUCAGUCACUUCCUUGCCAUAGAUAGAGUCAAAGGCCUUGAAGCCCCGGCAAAGAAGUCAGAUUGUGAGAUGAUAAUGAUCAUUGGUCUUCCUGGUGCUGGUAAAACUACCUGGGGGGUAAACAUGGCAAAAACUCAAAUAGAAAAGCGCUACAACAUCAUCGGUACAGACACACUUAUUGAUAAGAUGAAAGUGAUGGGUCUCCCAAGGAAGAAUAAUUAUCAUGGCCGCUGGGAUGUUCUCAUCGAUAAAGCAACAAAAGCUCUCAACAAACUUUUUGAAACAGGAUGUAAAAAGAACAGAAAUUAUAUUCUGGACCAGACCAAUGUGUACCCAUCAGCUAGGAGGAGAAAGAUGAAGAAUUUCAAUGGAUUCUAUAGGAUUGCAGCAGUAAUACAACCAGAUGAUCAAGAGAUACAACGCAGAUCUGAAAAGCGGACUGUUGAAGAUGGUAAAUUUGUACCAGAGUCAGCUGUUCUAGAAAUGAAAGGGAAUUUCAAACUACCGGCAGAGAAUGAUGACUUGUUUGAUAGAAUAGAUUUUAUCGAAUUACCAAGAGAAAAGUGCCAGGUGUUGGUGGAAGGCUACAACCAGGAAGGCAUUGCUAACAGGCCGCCACGGAAAGGAGGUGCAGGAGGAUUUGGAAGAGACAACCGACCAUUUCAGCCACCAGCAGACCUAAGACAGGGCCAAGGUUACCAAGCUCCUAGUCAAGGUGGUCAGUUUCCUGAUCGAUACAGAGGUCAGGACCGACCACCAAUGCCAGGUCAAGGUCGUACACAAGACACUACUCAGUUCAGGGGAAGUUUUCCGGCAGAUGGAUCAAACUUUAGAGGUAGGGGUGAUCAUCAUGGUUCUAAAGGCUCUGAACCUACAGAGAAACGUGCAAGGUAUGAUACUGCUACCAGUGCGAGUGGUUUGGAUUUACUAAAGCAAGAGUAUGCUGAGGAAGAACAACCUCAGGCUGCAGCUCUAAGUCAGUACGCAGCUCUACUAGCAGCUCAACAGAGACCACAACAAGCUGUGCCAAAACAGGAACAUCAGUGGGCAAGGGCCGAGUAUGGAGGUGUUGGACUAUAUGCAGGGUUGGCUGCUCAAGCUAAAGCCCUUAUGGAACAACAAACUCUGCAACAAGGUUUGCCUCAAGGUUUGCCUCAAGGUUUACCUCAGGGCUUACCACAAGGCUUACCCCAGGGCUUACCUCAGGGCUUACCUCAGGGCUUACCUCAAGGUCUUCCACAAGGUCUCGGAUUACUUCCGCAAGUACCUGGGGAACAGUCAUUGUUAGGACAUCCUGCUGCUGCCUAUGCUAAUAUGCAGCAAUUUGCAUUCAUGGAUCGGGGUGGCUUGAGUCAAAUGACUGGUGCAGGUUUGAUUGCGGCAGGAGAUCAAAAUUUUGUGAGGAAGGCUGCAGUGCAACCGCCUCCACCUCCUCCGGAACAUGCAAGUGUUGUAGACGUUUUGAGAAGUCAGGGAUGGCAAGAAAAAGAUGGCAAACCCCAAAGUCAGGAAACUGCAGAAUCUGCUUUAAACAGAGGGGAUCGUCAGUCCAAUAGUUCAGCAGAUGGAUGGAAGAAUUCUUGGCAGCAGCAACAAUCGCAACAGCAACAGGCGCAAAAACAGCAACAGCCCUCUCGCCAACAAGAAGGAUUUGGAAAUCAGAUGUCUUAUAACAGACCAGGAUCUCGCAAUCAACCUUCAGAGUCUCAGUUUCCUCAAAAACAACCCCAACAGAGACAACACGAUUCGUUUGAUUCUCAGUUCUCUUCUGGACCAAGGCAGCCAUUUGAUUCACAAAAAAAAUUUCCACAGGAAAAAAAUCAGCGGGAAUCCUUUGGACGGCAAGAGGAACAGAACUCUUACAGAUCCGAUAGUCAGACUCAGUAUGGAGGACAGAAGCAAUAUUCAGGACAGAGACAAAAUCAGAACGUUGAUAACUCCAGGGGAAGGCCUCAGCAGGAAAAUUUUGAAGCGGAUAGGGGACAGUUUGGAAAUUUCGGUGCUGAAUCUUCAGAUACAAGACGUGAAUCUGGUAGUGAGGGUGGAGGAAGUCAAGAUUCUUCUAAUAAACCCAGUUUCAAAGCAGAGGAAUCUGAUAAACCUAAACGUGAAAGGAGGAGACCAAGUAAAUGGGACACACCAUCAGAUGAUGCACCGCCAUCUCCUUCUCCAGAAGGCGAGUCUUCAGCUUCAAAUAUUGAUGUUCCCGCACAACCAGAGGAAAGUAGUCGUCCUGGCAUGAACAGUCCACGAUGGCAAAACACUGAUAAUAAACGAGAUGCGUUUUCUUCAAAUGAUUUCGACGGGCAGCAUGAACCAAAUCAGCAAAAUUUUAAUGACCAUAGGCCGGGUAUGGGGAACCAACGUGGUCCACCUAACCAGGAUAGACCUGGCGGCCGAUAUGGUAUGCAGGAUGAUCGUCCAGGCGGAGGAAGGGGUGGAUUUGGAGGUGGAAGAGGUGGCUUUGAUGGAGGCAGAGGAGGUUUUGAUGGAGGCAGAGGAGGUUUUGAUGGAGGCAGAGGUGGUUUUGAUGGUGGAAGAGGUGGUUUUGAUGGAGGCAGAGGUGGAUUUGAUGGAAGAGGAGGUCAUGGAGGUCGUCCACAACCCUUAAUGGGAGGUCCUGGUCCAAGGGGUCAUCCAGGCCAGAGGCCACCCUUCAGAGGGCAGCAAGGCCCAGGACAAAGGUUUCAAGGUCCUGGACGAGGCAAGGGUCCAGGUGGUCUUGGGGGUCCAGGUGGACCAGGAGGUCCUGGGGGUCCAGGAGGCCCAGGAGGACCGCGACCGUUCAGGCCUAGAAAUCCAUUUGAUGGUGGAAUGAGAGGUGGUGGAAGACCUCCGUUUGGACAACGGGGAGGAUUUAAUCAGAGAGGUGGAAUGAUGCGAGGACCUAGACCAGGUGGUCCGGGAGGACAUUUUAACAGACAUUUAUAAAAGAAAUAAUAGUAUUGUUUAAGUUGUCAUGCCAAUAUUUUAUCAUGCAAUGUAUAUCUCUUAUCGAUUUUGAGUUAUUCUUGAUAAGAUCUGUUUGUAAAUAAGUGUAUUACUCAAGAUGUUUUAAAGCGUUUUUUUUGCUUUGUUUUGCUUUGAUAUAGCUUCAUUCUAAAUAAAGUUUAGGUUUAAUAUUGAGAUUCGCCGGUUCUUUACAGAAAUGUGUUCAAAUUAAAUUAAAAGAGAAACUUUCUUUUCUUUAUUAUUAAUCUAACUAUAAUCUAAUUAUAUUGGAAAUAUAUUUCAGAUAACAAUUUGAAAAUGGUUUCUUGUCAAACGUUGAUAGCAAAAGUUCGCACUUUAAUAUACCGUUUUCUUUUUUUUAAUACGGCAUAUGCCUAUAGAUUUUAAGCUGAGGGCAUGUAUAUUUUUUAAACCAAACUUGCGUGAUCUUGAAAUGUUUCAUGGAUAUCCAUAAACUUAAAUUUAUUUCAUCCCAGUCUACACUGCAUUUCUAUUUCAGAUUAAAAGUUGAAUAUAUAUACAUGUAUAUAAAAAUAUAUUAUGGUACAUUUUCAAGUGGUUUUAGCAAAAAUCACUUGGAAAAAGAAAUGCAACUAUUGAUUCGACAGUGUACAUUGUUUAUGUGCAUGCAUGAUAGGUGAAGUAAUACGCUAGAAUAAAAGAUUACAUGUAGAAAACUAUUGGCGAUCGUGUGUCAUUUCCAGAGGAAAACGUGAUAUGUAGAUUGCUAUGAUGCGUAUAUUGCAUACACAUUACUUAUAGUUUGCGACAUGGAAGCUUUAUUUUACGGGAAAGGAAUUCUUUUUCAGAUACCUUCUACAAAACCUGCACAUAUUUUUUUCAGCAUAUUUUGAAACAGACUGUGGAUUAGGAAUGAUUCAUUUAAUUAUCAGUAAAUAUGUAUUAACUACACUAGAAAAAAACUGAAAAAUUUGGUAUGAAGCACGUUUGAAUUUCGCUUUGGUUCACUCAUAACAUUUUGCUGAAGACAGUCUUUAUGUAUGAAUUGUGUACAUUUCAUGUAACGCUUUCUGUAUUAUGCGUUUUCAGACACCUGUUUACGAAGUAAUUCUCUAUAUUGUUUGAUGUGAGCAGCUAAUAAUUAGCGCCAUAGUACAUAUGUUGUAUUUGCAUGAUUAUUAUGAUGAAAACAUUUCAAUUACAUUUUCAGCAUUUAUUAAAUCAAUGCUACAAGAGUGUGUUUUUCUCUUCAAAAGAACCACAAAUGCUCAGAUCAUGUAUUAUGUUAUUACCUUGUGUAUGUUCAUGUAUUGUGUUUUGUGGAUUAAAUGUAGAAACUC